GGCUAUGACGUCCAAAGCCAUUUUUAGUUGUUUUUUAAAAAAUGGGAGAGAGACGUUGGGAUAUGGCUAAAGGCAGUUUUCCUCAGAUUUGAAAUCUUGGCUAAAGGCAGUCCCAUAUCAUCCCAAAAACACACCCACACCCAAUAUCCUAGCUCCACACUCCUCAUCAACCAUCAUUUUUAUGUAAUCCACCGAAAGAUUUGAACUUUGUAAAGUAAGAUUCUUGAUGGGUUUAAACUAGCAUCUCAGCUAGCUUGACUUCGUUGAGUUAGUGUUACUUAAUUGAAGUUUUGAGAAAAGUUGAAGCCAUUUCGAGAAGUGGAGAGUCGAGCUUAGAAGAAGAUGAGCAAGAGGAGAGACGGGUCUAAUAUGUCAGAGUCACCGAUCGACUCGAGUUCCAGGGGAUCUAGUUAUUCAGAGUCCUCAUCCGACGAGAGUGAACAGAAGGGGAACUAUUUUUCGCAGUCACCUCUGGGUUGGCCCAUCCGGAAGGCCCAAACUACCAAGUGUUUGAGGAAAGGCGUAGCAGAGAAAGAGAUGCAUGGCCAGGCUAAUGAACAAGACGAUGGAGAUCAUUCCCGGUUAAACAAGCUUAACUUGAAAAACCCAGAAAUGGAGAUGAUGAAAGAGAGAUUUUCAAAAUUGCUGCUUGGUGAAGAUAUGUCUGGCUGUGGGAAAGGAGUUCCAACGGCAUUGGCCAUUUCAAAUGGCAUAACUAAUCUUUGUGCCACUGUAUUUGGACAGUUCUGGAGGCUGGAGCCAUUUCCUCCAGAAAAGAUAUCCAUGUGGCGAAGAGAGAUGGAAUGGCUUGUUGCUGUUAGUGAUCAUAUUGUUGAAUUAAUACCUUCUUGGCAAAUACUUCCUGAUGGAAGUAAGCUUGAGGUAAUGUGUAGCAGGCCAAGGCUAGAUAUAUUUAUUAACCUUCCAGCACUCAAGAAGCUUGACACCAUGCUAAUUGAAAUUGUAGAUAGUUUCACAAGCACCGAGUUUUGGUAUGUGGACAAAGGCGCCGGUGGCGGAGAGAAGGAUGGGUCAUCAGCCUCUUUCAUAAAGGAGGCGACAGUCACGCGACAAGAAGAAAAGUGGUGGUUGCCAGUGCCAAGGGUUCCGCCAGGUGGUCUCUCUGUUUCCACAAGAAAACAGCUAGAUCACAAACGCGAAUGCACGAGUCAAAUCCUUAAAGCUGUAAUGGCGAUUAACAGCUCUACUUUAGCGGAGAUGGAAGUUCCCCAUUCGUACUUAGAUGCUCUUCCAAAGAAUGGGAGAGCAUGCUUAGGAGAGGUGGUUUAUCGCUAUAUCACAUCAGAUAACUUCUCUUCGGAGUGUCUGCUGGAUUGCCUUGACCUGACUUCUGAACAUAUGGCUCUGGAGAUGGCAAAUCGAGUGGAGGCUGCAAUGUAUGUUUGGCGUAGAAGACACCACCACCAUGCUAGACCCCCAACUCAUACCAACCGUUCAACACCCAAAUCUUCUUGGGAUAUUGUUAAAGAUCUAGUGGUUGAUGGAGACAAAAGGGAUUUACUUGCACAGAGAGCAGAAAACCUCCUGCUCUCUUUGAAACAAAGGUUUCCCAAUCUGACCCAAACCACCUUGGAUGCCACCAAGAUUCAGUAUAACAAGGAUGUGGGGAAAUCAAUUCUGGAGAGCUAUUCAAGAGUGUUGGAGAGCCUGGCUUUCAAUAUCGUGGCACGGAUUGACGAUCUGAUCUUUGUGGAUGAUAUAACUAAGCAAUCUGAUAAUAGCAUUGUGCACAGAAAAGUUUUUUCUGCUUCUUCAGCCCCAUUCAGAUCAACUUUUUCCAAUCCUACCCUUUCGCCAGUUCUGCCACUGCUCAGCCCGGCCAGGGGAGGAGAGGUAACGCCGUUCCUCGGUGGCAGCGCUGCUAAGAUUCUGAGACGUGGCCUGGGAGUGAAAAGAGCACUGUCAAACUACCUUGGAAGUGAAGCUAGUAAUAAGAUGAAGACUACUACUACUUGUGGGAAUCCUCUGGAAGCUUUUGCCUCCAUUUCCAACAAAAGCUCAGACUCUCGAGCUCCAAAAGCAAGUGUGGUGGAGGGUCAAGAGCAAUGUUCCGUCUUGCAGCCAAUUAACCGCUGAACUAUAUAGUGACAGCAGCUUGUAGAGAUCAUGCGUUAUAUAUGUAUACUAAUAGGGUCAUGGGGUCGAUACAGUCUCAAACAAAAGAUUUGUUCUCACAUACAUCGAUCAAUUUGUUUUGCACGUGCACAUAUUAUUUGUCUGUAUGUCGGUGACAGUUAAUGUUUUGCUUGUGCAUGCCUGAUGUGUACGGUAGUAUACUAGUGGAUCUGGGUACAUAAAACAUUCCCCUAAAACACAUUGUUGUAGGAUUUAUUACGUAGUAUGUUCCACUUAUCAUGUUCAUUUAUUGUUCAUUUGUUGACUUGCUGUCUCUGAGAUUA